AUGGACAGGCGCACCGAUCCGACUUUACUCGAUGAUUACUCGAUGGAAACACGCGGGCCAAUUGCUGAGGUAAGGCGCUGGCGGGAGGACCUUGACGAGGAAGGGCCGGCGUUGCGCUUGUCGAGGGAUUGCGGUUUAUUGGAACGGCGUCUGAUUGGUGCGCUGGGGCUAUUGACCAAUCGGGGGGGCAUGAUAAGGGAUCUCGGCUUCUGGUAUGGAAGGGGCAGCAUGAUGGGCAGGCACGGCGGACAGCAUGGGCAGGCACGGGCGGACAGCAUGGGCAGGUACUAA